AUGGAAGCCCAGAAGAAGUACGAUGCCGAACGAGAGAAGCGUUUGGCUUUUGGUCGCGACAUCUCGCAAUAUCGUGUCGUCGAUGGCCAUUUCGCUUCUUGGCUAGGGGACCCGUGGAAGGCAGAGACGCCUCGCGAGCCCGUCUAUAGGGAGACGGACGUGUUGAUCAUGGGUGGUGGCUACGGCUCCCAGCUGACGGCCGCCGAGCUCUUGAAGUAUGGCAUUCAGAACUUCCUCAUGGUCGACAAGUGUGGUGGUUUCGGUGGUACUUGGUGGUGGAACCGAUAUCCCGGCGCCCAAUGCGACAUUGAGAGUUUCAUCUACAUGCCUCUGCUCGAAGAGACGGGAUAUGUUCCGACGGAAAAGUACGCGCAUCAACCGGAACUGUUGGAGCACGCGGAACGGAUUGCCACGCAUUACGGUCUUCACGAGAAAGCGUUGUUCCAAACGGAGAUUUUGAGUAUUCAUUGGGAAGAGUACAAGGGUGUCUGGAGGAUCAUUACGAAUCAUAAUGAUACCAUUUACGCUCGCUUUGUGGUGCUCAACUCGGGUCCACUGCAUCGUCCUAAGCUUCCUGGUACGCCGGGCAUUGAGAAGUUCAAGGGUCAUGCCUUUCACUCGAGUCGAUUCGACUAUGAGUACUGCGGCAAGGAUCUGUCGAAGCUUCAGGAUAAGAAAGUCGCCAUUAUUGGAACAGGCGCCACAGCAGUGCAAAUCAUCCCACACGUGGCGAAGAAUGCCAAAGAGUUCUUCGUAGUACAACGCACGCCUUCGGGAGUCGAUACACGCCUCAACUGCGACACGACCGAAGAGUGGAUCAAAGAAAACAUCAAACCAGGAUGGCAGAAAAACCGACAACACAACUUCAACAAAAUGUCUCUCGGAGGCGCCACCGACGAAGACUUGGUCGACGACAACUGGUCGCGUGUCUUUUUGUCCUUUACAAACGCCACCAAAGGCGCCAAACCCGAAGACAUUCCUCGCGAAAUCCUCCGCAAAAAUUUCGAACGCAUGCAAUCCAUCCGCGACCGCGUCGACAGCACCAUCCAAGACCCCAAAGUCGCCGAGAAACUCAAGCCCUGGUAUGGAUGGGGUUGCAAACGACCCACUUUCCACGACGGCUACCUGCCAUCUUUCAACCGGCCCAACGUGCACCUCAUCGACACAGACGGCAAAGGAAUCGACGAAUUCACCGAAACGGGUUUCAAAUUCAACGGAGUAGAAUAUGAAGUCGACGCCGUAAUUUUCGCCACAGGCUACGAAUUAGCCACGGAUUGGGUGCAACGAGCCGGAAUGGACGUCUAUGGACGCAGCGAACCGAUUUCGAAAAAAUGGGCCAAUGGCACCAUCGGUUUGCAUUCCUGGGGAAGUAAUGGUUUCCCCAACGCCUUCUGGAUCACCACCGCACAAGGUCCGUUGGCUGUGAAUGCGCUGUAUGGAAUUCACGAGCAAGCGAUUCAUCUCAGUUAUAUUAUCAAUGAAACGCUUCGGCGAGGCGCCAAGUGUGUGGAGCCGAGCAAAGAGGCGGAAGAGGCGUGGUUGAAGGAGGUGUUGAAGGCGGGUCAGAAUCGUAGUACUUUUGAGGCGACUUGUACGCCUGGUUGGAUGAAUAAUGAGGGGCAUGUGACGGAGAAACAUGUGAGGAAUUGGUGGUAUGGAGGAAAUGGUUUGGAGUAUUUUAAGAUGAUUAAGGAUUGGAGAGAUGCUGGGAAGUUGGAGGGUUUGAAGGUCACGUACUAG